AUGUGGAAUCAACAAUUAUCUUUGGCAGAAUUUGCGUACAAUAAUAGCAACCAAGCUAGUAUUGGAAUGGCUCCUUUUCAAGCACUAUAUGGAUGGAAGUGUAGGUCACCCAUUGGAUGGUUUGGAGUGCGAGAAAGGAAAUUAUUAGGACCCAAUUUGGUGCAACAAGAAACUGAUGUGCUUAGUUUAGUAAGGGAACGUUUAAAGAUAGCCAAGAGUAAACAAAAGUCUUAUGAAGAUAAUAGGCAUCGUCCUUUGGAGUUCCAGAUCUUGGAACGUAUUGGGUCAACAGCAUAUCAACCAGCUUUACCAAUGGAACUAGCUCAAGUAAAUCCUACCUUUCAUGUGUCUAUGUUAAGGAAGUACAUUAAGGACCUGACGCAUGUUAUACGUUAUGAUUGGGUACAAUUGGAUGAAAGACUAACUUUUGAAGAGCAGCUAGUGGCAAUACUGCAUCGUCAAGUAAAACAACUGCGCUCCAAGGAAAUUGCCUCAGUAAAAAUGUUGUGGCAAAAUCAAUCAGUGGAAAAGGCAACCUGGGAACUCGAGAGGAAAUGA